GUAAUCUUAUUUCUGUGGACGGACACAUAAGCCGAUAGUGAAAACACCGAAGGUCAGGCAUGGAAGCUGCAAAGGUGACUGUGAAAGCUGUGGCUGUGAUCGCCGGAAAUAACAACGUGAGAGGAGCUCUUCAGUUUGUGCAACACCCCGACGGAACUACUCAUGUAAAAGGGAGAGUCACUGGUUUGUCCCCGGGCCUCCACGGAUUCCAUAUUCACGCUCUCGGUGACACCACUAAUGGCUGCAAUUCCACUGGCCCUCAUUUCAAUCCAUUCAAGAAAGACCAUGGGGCUCGAACAGAUGAUGAGCGUCAUGCUGGAGAUUUGGGUAACAUUGUUGCAGGCCCGGAUGGGGUUGCUGAUGUUUCAAUCACAGACAGAAAGAUACCACUAAGUGGAGUUCAUUCCAUUCUUGGGAGGGCAGUCGUUGUGCAUGCUGAUCCUGACGAUCUUGGUAGAGGUAAGAUUAUGAAAUUUGGCUCCAAAAAAGAGUUUCCGGCUUAAGCUCAAGUAUCAAAUGACUGGGUCUAUGAAGAAAUUUCCUUCACAUGUUAGGUUUCAUUCAAGAACCAAAUAACAAAUACUAAAGACAAACAUAGUCCUACUCUGAUAUCAUGUCUAGUGAGUAAUGACUAGUGUUACGUCCCUAUUUCCAGAUGUCUCAUAAAAUUUUCGCUUGGUUACAUGUGCCUGCCUCUGACCUUCAUGGUGUUUGUUUAGACCCGGAUGAACCGCUUACGAAGCUGCUGUCUUUGCUUAUCUUUUGAAUUUGAU